CAAAAGUAAAUCUGUACCGCCCAGGCUGCACAAAACUUUGGAAAGUCCUGACAUCCUUGACGUUAGUGCACAUCGCUGAAGGCAGACGCAUGCGCUCCUGUGGAUUACAAAGCCGCGCUUACUCGAGAAAGCCACCGUUUCUAAAAAACUGGAAUUGUCUGCGCUUCUGCUGUCACAGUCGGUGCUGCUCUGCCGUUAGACAAGGACGCUUCAAACUUCAACACUUCACACCCCAGAGACCCAGACUCAGCUUCCACCAGCACCUCAAAAUCAAGCUUCACAGAGAUGGAGGGUCACGUGGCACGGUUUGCUCUGCUCAUGUGCAUCAUGGCUGCAGCCUCUGCUACAUGUCAGACAUGUGAUCCAGGAAAUGCUGACAACCCAUGGAUCCACUUGCGUGAGAUGCAAACUGGCUGUUGGACCAGCUUCAUCGGUGAGGACAACGCAGAGGUUCACAUCUUUAACCUGAACUAUAAUAUAAUGGAUACCAAAAUGUUCUCUCUGGAGAUGACCAGUGCCAAGCCAGUGAACCUCAUCCUCACAUCUCCCUACGUGGCCUUUGGUGCAUGCAACAUCGGCACCAAUGUUAACAUUUAUGUAAACAGUAACUCAACAAUUGCUCUACAUGGGAUUCACCACAACCUCCACAAGCAAGACUUCCCUACGCAAGAUGAGGAGCUGGUCGAGUGGGCGAAACAGAAGUUUGGGGGUGUGACUUCAUUCACCACAAUCCUAAAUCUGCAAAGAGUGUCAUUGAUGGCAAAUAAUGGAACCAAACCUGGCCCUCGUGACUGCGUACUUCAAAAUGAAGAUGCAUUUGAGAAGUUCUUCAUGAAGAUUGAAGCAACACCCUUGGCUUCUUCGUUAAAAUCUUGCUCGCCACAGCAACAGAACCCCAGUGAUGAAACUGAGCUUCACAUCAUAAACAUCCCAGAGAGUGCCAGCAUUUGCAAUGUAUCAAUUCGUGUGGACAGUGAGAAGAAGACCAGUGUGUUCGUGAGAGGCCCUAAGGGAACCACAUGGACCUUCCUCAACUCACAGCACACGCAGUUUGGUUCUAACAAUGACAUCCUGCUGCCUGCCAUGACACACAGAAUCUUGCCUUCGCUUGUAUUGAACAAUGACAGUACAAAGACUGUACAACGGGAGGCUUUAAAUUAUUUUAAAUCCAGCACUUUCACCAGCUAUACUGAACUCAUACCAGGGAGCUCUAUGAUUUUACUAGUCCUCACAAAAAAGGAAGGACCAGCAGUCACAGGAGCAAUCCCAGAACCAGUCAUUCCCAUUACAACUAAUGCCCCUCAUCAGAUGCCUCUGCAGAUGCAGCUGUACACCUCACCAGACUACCGUUCUCCUCUGGGCCCUAACACCAAAGUGCAGAGUGACAAGAGAAUUUAUGCAGAGAUUUCAGGGCACACUUUUGGGGAUAUUGCCUUGACCAUCAAGGUGAUCAACUGCUUUGUGCACUCCAAGGGCUCAUGCACUGUAGUGAAAGAGCUGCCCUUCAUACCAGAGACCUGCUCUUUAAAUUCUUGUCCCAACAGCACUCGACUCAGCUUCUCCUUGGAUCAGCUCCAAGAGCUGACGCCCACCACAUGGGAUCUGGAAUGCUCCGUCAAACUUUGCUACAGUGAGAAAUGUGGAGAUGGAGGAAGAGUGAAGAGGAAUCUGCAGGUUACCCAGCCAUGUCUGCAAUCACCAACCCCACCAUGCUUUGAUUUUGGCCUACCUGGUGUUCUGGGCAUUGCAUUCGGAGGGUUCCUGAUUGGAGUAUUACUUAUUGGAGCACUGUGGUUUAUUAAAAUUAAAACAGGGUACCCAACUGGACUGGACAUUAGUUCGACUGCAAAUCUUCCUGGAUGUCCCUGCUCCAGAGCGAAACGGCAGCCUGUUUCCACCAACCCUUCCCCCUCUGAGAACAGCAGCGCCAACGCCAGCAUUGGAAGCACCCAGAGCACACCGACCAGCAGCAUGGCAUGAGAUUAUGGUAAUCUCCAAUACCAGCAGGGCCGCCACCUCCCUUCAAAGUCACCUAUACGGGUUUUGUGCUUUUGUCUUCUUUAGAGAUGCUUAAAAAGCAUUUCUCACUUCCCUGCCCCUCCCCUUCAAAUUGUUAUUAAAAAGCACAGUCCACAUCUUUGACACACCAAGCCUGAAAUGGAUGUGAUCUGGGAGUUUGAAAUGGUAGAUGAGGGAGGGGGUGUAAUGGAUGACAGCUAACAGAAGUCUAAUCACUGGUUUCUGACGCUCACCUCUGCAGCCUCUCUGUAAAGUCAAGCUCCUAGACAGGAAGUUAAAGAGGGCAAGAGAAAAAAAAUUGGCUCCCAGCAACAGGAAAAACAAACCAUAUCCCCCAAGAGCUAACAGGAAAUUCACUGCAUUCCAUUCAAUGAAUUGUGCUUGUGUGAUGGCAGCACAAUCAUAGUUAGACAGGAGACAAACCAGUCAAAAGACUGACUUUGAAAAACAGAUGAAAAGCUGUUUUGCAUUCACAUCUAAGCCACGAAAAUACAGAGGCCUUUUGGCUAGGUCAGUUCACAAAGUUAUCAACAAGCCUCGGGCUUUGAAAAGCUCAACCUGUUAAGGAUCUCUGAUCAGUCAAUGAAGUGCUCACUUGAAGGGCUAUUUGUCUUAAUUGGAGUUCUAGGUCAAUGAUUAACAGCUACCUCCUAUUACUCUGAAGUCUGGUGCUGAGUUUGAACUUAACACUAGAUUUCUCUGGUGAAUUGAUCUUAAUUUCUGCGUUUUUCAGUUUUUGUUUUACUUGUGUGUCACUUGGUGAAACUUAAAGUUGAUACUCUUGGUCAUUUGAAAUGAAGUUAUGGUGCCAUUUUCAUGCUAUCCAAUAGCUCUUUUAAGGCCUUCAUAUCAAAGUCAAGUUUUUUUUUUUCCCAGAUUAACAUACUUGAUUUCCUAAUAAGUCAACCAAUCCACUCUUAAAUCAUAUUUAUGGAUCAUAGGUAGCGAUAAAUUGUGAACCAUCGCUAAAAAUGUACUUUCAUUUAUACGAGCUUAAAAAUAUUCACUCUUGUAUGUAUGUACAGUACAGCAUGCAGCAUGGUUGUAUUCAGAGCUGAGUAACAUGUCCCUAAUAUGGAGUAACUGCCACAUCAGUACUCAGACCUCUGACUUGUGUUAUAUUUGGAACUAAACGCCACUAAUACAGCUACGCCCACAGGGUGGAGUUCCUCAGAAUGGUCUGUCAGGAGUUGGAAUCCAGUACUUUUCUUGUCACUACACAAUCAUCACAGUCUAUAAUCAAGUGUAAGUCCAUCACUAUUGCUGAACUAUUGGUUGUAACCACAAUUAAUUUAGUCUAUGAUAACAUAUACAAACACAUUUAUAGAAAAAGACCUUUAUAUAUUUCAUAUAAAGUGUUUUCAGGCAAAUUUAAUUAUGACCUCAGACCAGCUUAAUCAUCACAACAUUGACAAAGAUGCAGCUAUUUCUGGUGUACAAGCCAUUACUCUUCCUUCCUCUUCCUUGAAGAUUGAAUUUAAGCAAGUAUAAACUGUCCACUGUGCUUGCUCAUAUAUUGAAUAUGAGUCAGACACUAAUGUUCUGCUCUGUCUUGCGAUUGGAGAUGAGUGCCCAGAAGGGAAAGAAUUUUCAGACCUAUAAUGGAUGUCAUGGAUCACCAACACAUUCAUAGACUUCGCUUUGACAAACAAGCAAUCCUUCAUCCCUGCUACAUCCUGAAGUGUUGCUGCCUCAAAGGCACUAAAAUCUUAGGGACUUUUACUCCUUGUGGAGGGGUACAAACAAAUGGCUAAAAUAUUCUACAGUGAAAUUCACCUUUAAUUAGUAUUCCUUAAAAGGAAGCAAAUGAGAAAACACCUGCGAGCCCCCUCACUUUUCCCUAACUUUUGAACUUAAACUUCCCAUAUAAAGCACCAGCUCUGAAUACAGCCUAUUUGGACUCCAUAAUAUAAUCAUUAGUAACAACAGUAUAAGACCGUAUUUUGUAUAUACUUUUUGCAACAAUACCAUGAAGACUGCUUUAAAAGCUGCAAAGGUGCAUGAAGGGGACUUUCAUGAGGGCUGCAUCUGUAGCAUGACGGUUGAUCCGUGCAACUCACUGUUUGUUUCAGUGUACAAAUGUAAAUGUAUGUUAUAUUUUUAAUGCUACUCUUUUUACCUCCUUAAAAUAUUCCCAUCACACGUCGAGUCUUGUGACGUAAGUAAGCAAUUUGUUUCCACAGUGCAUACUGUAUCCUUGACACAAGCAUCAAAACUGUGAUGUUCGAACCUUUCCUUAUAUACAUUUGACGCGCUCUGAUUUACUGAUGCAUAUACUGUAUAAUCACAUUCCCAAUAAUUACUCACCACCUGAUUUGAACUGCUAAAAUAAUUUAUUCACCUUCAAACUGAAUGCCAAAAUAACAUUCAUCCAACUGCCUUUGGAACAUGUCUCCUCAUUGUAUGUGAGUUAUGUAGCUUUUGACUGUUCUCUCACUCAGUGUGUGUGCAUGUAUGUUUAUCUGUGCACUCCUGAUUUUCUUUUUGUAUUUGAGUGGAGACAGAGCAGAGAGGGCCAGUACAAAUUGCCACUUGAGUAUUUGUGCAAUAUGAUGAGGUAAAUUUGUAUUUAAUGUCUGUAUGUCGUUUUUUUUUUUGAUUAUUAUGUUUUUAUGUACGUGCUGUAUAAUAUUCCUACUUUCAACUAUUUUCUUAACCUAUUUUGUUCUUUGAUGUAUUUGGUGAACUGGGACAUUUCCUAAUCAAAGCACUUACCAAAUGCAUAAAAUUUGUUUUUUUAUAGCAAUUUCUGUUUUUAACUCUAAUAUAGAUUCAAUUGAACUACAUACGAGCAGACAGUACGUGUCACAUCACACGUCAAAGAACAUUUGGUUUAUUUGUUUUACAUUUGCCCUAACUCUAAGAUUCACCCUGCUGUUCAAAAACAUGACGUUUCUCUGCUGAUACUGACAUCCUGACAUUGUAUUGUCUGAUGUUUCUCACCACAGAGGAGCCUCCCAGUUAAAUAUUCGACGCUCACUAACUUUUCGUUUCCAGGAAACGUUCAAAGCUAAAACUGUGGAAAUGUGCCAUUAAGUGAGAACCUUUCUUAAAUGUAAAUUGGGGAAAUGGCAACAAUAUUCAGCGUUUGUUUUUUUUUUUCUUUCAAAUGUCAGGUAUUUCGUACCUGUAUUAAACGAGCCCCGUGACGUUCUGUCUGAGCACUGACAGUAAAAUUAGACAGGCUGUCAAGUAGGCUGUCAAGUGAUUUGCUUGUUAACCCUGCAGGUCCUUUUGUUGCCUCUGACAACAACUUCCUCCACCUCGGGCACAGUUAACGAAAUAUUUGAGUGUCAAUGUGUGCAUAUACAGAGUAUAUGUAUACUUUGUGUCUAUGUGUGCUUGUGUGUGUGUGUGUGUGUAUGUGUGUAGGUAUAGAAUACAAAAUGUGCCUACAUUCUUCCUCCAGUCUCUAAACAAUGUCCAAAUUCUCUCCAAAAACUCUGAAGCCUUAACAACAAGUCAGAAUGUCUGCUUUAUAAAAUUCUGUGUUAUUUUUGUGCAGCCUCUUACCAUUUAAAAUGGGUCUGUUUGUUGAGACAACAUUCAUCCAGUGUCAUCUAAUUCUUUGUUGUCUCUGAAGAAAUAUAUGUUUUGUCUGAAAUUAUCUUAAUAAAGUAAAUAUGAAAACUG